AUGGAAACUAAUGUAUAUAACCCGAUUCCGGUUGAAUUUUAUAAUGAAAUUUUUAGUAACUUUAAAAGCGAUAUAAAAACAUUACAUUCUUGUAUAUUCGUCAAUCGAUUUUUCAGUCGUUUGGCAAUACCUUUGUUAUGGAGCACCCCUUUUGAUCAUAUAGAUUUGGAUAGCCCUAAAGCACCACUCAUCAUUAGCACAUAUAUAUGUUCUUUAGUGGAUGAAGAUAAAUCUUAUUUAAACGUCUCCGGAAUUCCAGUUGGAUCGCCAGUUACCCCAUUUUUUCCUUAUCCUGAAUACUUGACAAGUUUUAACUCACGAGCAUUUCAAAUGAUGAUGGAUAAAUGGUUGAAAUUAAUUGAUCCAUUGAAUUACUCGACGAAUUACAAUUAUAAAUUAGAAUAUGCAAAGUAUAUUGUUAGCAAUUUAUUAUUUGGAUCGACCACGAUGUUAAAGUCUUUGAAGUAUUUUAGACUUAAUUCCAACGAUGAGAUGGUCUUUAUUAAACAUAAAGAAUUUGCUUAUUCUAUUUCUAAUUUGGUGAACUUUGAGAUUGAUUAUUAUUAUGUUGAGGGAAAUAAUUCUAACCAAAAGGACGAAAAGAAAUUACAUGAUUUAUUCGAUAAUUUAUCGUAUUACACCUCUUCAAUUAGAUACAUCACGAUCAAUAUUUCAACUCCUUAUGAUCUUUCUUUUACCAAACGAGUCAUUAAUAGUAUUGUUAAUUUCGUAACACAUCAAUUUAGCCUAGAAGCACUGUCGUUUAAUGAGUCUUUAAUUUCUGAGAAUUUAAGUGAGUUUGAAGAAAUUAUUAAUUCACAAGCGACGACCUUAAAGUACUUGAAGAUUGGAGGAAAGAUGAGGAACCUUGCGAGAAUCUUGAAGGUGUUGAGGAAUUGCGUUAAUUUGGAAUUGUUGGAGUUUAUUGCCGAAGAAGUGGUCGUUGGAGAUGAUAUGCACGUUGAUGCUUGGAAUUAUAAUGGGGAUAUUGGGAGAAGGAAUAACGAAGAAGUUGGCAAAGGGGGGGAUCUGUCUGUUAUAAGAGAAUUUGAAUUCAAUCAAUUGAAAAUCAAGAGCAUUUAUUGUAUUGAAGAUUGCGAAAGAUUAAUCCGUGCAUCAUUACGUCAAGUAUUGAGGGAAUUAAAAUAUCUUAGAAUGAAGCUAAAAUUAUCAUCCUUUAUAAAUGAUAAUUAUAUAGUAGCAUUCGCCAAUUCAUUACCGAAUUCUUUAUCGAAGCUAGGUUUAGAUAUUCAUAAUGAUAAUAAUGAAAGAAAUAAUGAAUUCAUAUCUUAUUUCUUAAGGGUAACGUUGGAAAAUUUGGGAUGUAACCAUUUAAUUGAAUUGGAUUUUUAUAAUAAUCAAUUAAUUAGGAAUGAAAAUUUAAAGCUUAUUUUACAAUUUGCUUUGAAUAGAAAUGAAGGGCGUGGUGGUGAUGAAAAAUUUGGAUUGUUUAGAUAUGUUAGAAAAAAUUUUGACGUGGAUUUUGAUCAUAUGUUACUACAACAAGGAAGAGAUAUUAUAAAAAUCGAAUACGCAGAAAUCUCGGAUUUUUAUCGUCCAUUCCAUGAACCUUUGUAUUAUUAUGGGUGA